AUGAAAAUAUUAGCAGUUAUAGCAAUUUGUGGAUUUUUCGUGACAUGCUCGACUCAGAGCAUUGAAGAUUUUGAAAAAAAUAUAUAUUUUAUAGCUCAUUUACCGGAUGGAAAAAUAUUCAAUAUUACCUUUGGAGACUCCGAAGCUUAUGACAAUCUCGUCAAGGAAUGUCCUCCAGAAUCAACUGAACUCUCAAUUAUUAUCCCCGGAUGGACUGAAAGCUACGAAAAAACGCUUUGGGUGCCCGAUUUCAUGUCAAAUUUGACGGAAGCUCGCAAAGGAUGCCAUCUUUUCAUGGAUUACAGCAAAUACGGCGUUAAUCCUGAUAUCUAUACUUUGUUUACGCAAUUCAAAUACAUCAUGCCGGCACUCGUGAACCAAUUCAAGAUUCUCUUUGAUGAUCACGGUUACGACGGAAAGAAAACAUUUAUCUUCGCAUUCUGUUACGGAGCUCAAUUGGCAAUUCAUGCUUCUCAUAAAUUCGGAGUGCGACGAAUUGGAAGAAUUGAUGCUUGUGAUCCCCUGACUUAUUAUUUCCCAGGAGAUAUUGAUAUGGCUAUUAAAUAUGCUUUGGCGGCGGAUAUUGUGCAAUGUAUCCACACGAGUAUCGAUAAAGGAACAAUUCAAAGAUUUUGUCCAAUUUCGUGGAACAUGGGAUAUUAUUGUGGAUAUUAUCAAUAUGCAGCUUCACUUCCGCCGCGUGACAAUCACGGAUUGUGUCCAUAUAUUUAUACAAGUGCCUUUAAAAAUGACUUCAAACCGGUUCCGAAUAAAAGUUUGUGCCCAACAAAUAAAGCUGGAGUGUAUAAAGAUGGCUUUGUGAUGGGAUAUCGCAUGAACUUCACUUUAGGAGGAAUGGGCGAAUAUUGGGCUGAAACGACCAAAAAUCCGACAUUCACUUAA